AUGGAUAAUAAGCAUUUGUUGAAUGUGGACCCUGUUCCUAAUAUAACUAUUAAGCGUGGCCCUUUAAGACCGUUCCUCGUAACAAAACCUUACGAUAAGUUGAGUUCAUUGAGAACCGUCACUUCAUCUAAGGAAAAGCUUCUUAUUGCGUUCCUUUUGAUAUUCACUGCCAUCGUUAGACUACACCAUCUCUCAUUGCCAAAUAGUAUCGUAUUUGGGGAGAAUGUAGUAAGCACGUUCGUAUCUCAGUAUGCGAAUCACAUUUUCUUCACCGAUAUUCAUCCUCCCUUAACAACAAUGCUAUAUGCUGGCGUAGCAUCCAUUUCUGGCUUUAAAGGGUCUUUCGAUCAUGCAAAUAUUGGAAUGGAAUAUCCUGAAAAUGUUCCAUACAUUGCGAUGAGGUUCUUUUCUGCUGCUCUAGGGAUCAUGUCUGUUUUAGUGUUAUACUUAACGCUACGGGUAUCGGGUGUGAAAAUUGCUAUUGCUGCUAUUUGUACUGUAUGCUUUGCGAUUGAAGACUCCUUUGUAACUUUGUCUCGCUUCACUUCAGUGGAGGGCCCUUUUAUUUUUUUUAUUGCAUGUGCUGUAUAUUUCUUUAGAAGAUCGGAACUUUAUCCACCAAAUUCAUCUAAAGCAAACAAGUCCUUGGUUGCUGCAAGUGUCGCAUUGGGAUUUGCGGUCUCUUCAAAAUGGGCUGGCUGCUUCACUAUUGCGUGGGCUGGUAUAAUUGUUCUCUGGAGAGUAUGGUUCAUGAUUGGCGAUUUGUCAAAGCCCAUUGGCUCUUCAAUCAAGUAUAUGGCAUUCCAGUUUACUUGUUUAUUGGGUAUUCCUGCUAUAAUUUAUUUCCUUGUCUUCAGUGUGCAUAUCAAGACGUUGAGCGUGAAUGGUAUUAGUGGUAGCUUUUUUCCUGCUGAGUUUAGAAAAACUUUAAAAUACAAUAAUGUUAUUCAGGAAACUGUAGCAGAAGUAGGAAUAGGUUCUACUGUCUCAUUGAACCAUGUUGGAACGGCAGGUGGUUACCUGCACUCCCAUCCUCACAACUAUCCAGCUGGUUCCAUGCAACAACAAGUUACUUUAUAUCCUCACUUUGACCAAAAUAAUAAAUGGAUUAUUGAGUUACCUGAACAUCCAAAUGAAAAUGUUACAAGUUUUCAAAAUUUAACAGACGGCACUAUUAUCAGGCUAAAACAGCUAAAAUACGGCUGCAGAUUACAUUCACAUGAUCAUAAACCCCCAGUCUCUCAAAAUGCGGAUUGGCAAAAAGAAGUCUCUUGUUAUGGUUACGAAGAGUUUGAAGGUGAUAUAAACGAUGAUUGGAUUAUUGAAAUCGAUAAAAAAAGAUCAGAAGCUGGGCCUGCCCAGCAACAUGUUCGGGCUAUUGAAACCAAAUUCAGAUUAAAACAUUACUUAACAGGUUGUUACUUGUUUUCACAUCCUGAAAAACUGCCAGAGUGGGGACUGGGACAGCAAGAAGUUACAUGUGCAUAUUUUGCAAGGGAAGAUUUAACUUCAUGGUAUAUUGAAGAAAAUGAGAACAAAUUUCCCCUAUCAAAUCCAGAGAAGGUUUCUUAUAAAGAAAUGAGCUUUUGGCAGAAGUUCAUUGCUAUUCACAAAUUCAUGUUAUACCUCAACAAUCAUAUGGCUACCAAUCAUGCCUACUCAUCAGAACCGAAAACUUGGCCCCUUAUGUUGCGUGGUAUUGAUUUCUGGAACGAAAACGGUAAGGAAGUAUACUUUCUAGGUAAUGCCAUUUUGUGGUGGUCUGUUACAGCAUUCAUUUGUGCGUUCAUUGUUGGGGUAGCCAUUGAACUUCUUUCAUGGAAACUAGGUGCAAACGUUUUGCGGGAUAAAUAUAUCAUUAAUUUCCAUUACCAGGUCAUUCAGUACUUGUUGGGCUUUUUUGCCCAUUUUUUCCCGUAUUUCUUCGUAGGGCAAAAUCUCUAUUUGUACGAUUAUUUGCCUGCCUACUAUUUUGGUAUUCUAGCAUUUGGUCACGCACUUGAUCUAAUUUCAACCUCCAUUUCUAGCAAGAGGAGUAAUACUGGAUAUUUCGCGGCUGUUAUUUUUAUGAUAUUUUGCUUUUAUUUCUUCCACGGACACUCCCCAUUAAUUUACGCUACUGAAUGGACAAGCAGCUUGUGUAAGAGGUCUAAAUGGUUAGGAAGCUGGGACUUCUAUUGUAAUUCAUUGUUAUUAGCCGAUAGUCAUUAUGACUCAAAAAUUGAAUGA